AUGAAUGCCCUGAGGGAAUGUCUGAUGGAGCUAGGGAUACCGAGCGCCUAUCCCAAUUUUGAAAGAGAAAAUAUCUCAAUUGAGAUGAUAGAGAUACUCUCAGAUGAAGAACUGAAAAGACUUGGCGUUGAAACGAUCGGAUUACGCCACAAGUUAAAAAAACUUGUGCAUGGGAAAACAUCGGUCACCGAACAUACCGCUAUAUCUAUAAGUAAGGAACGAGCCCGAUUAUUCACACCGUACCAUCGCACUGCAGGUGGGAAAAAGAUGCGCCGAAAAGACAAGUUCAUAACCAUGAAUUUUUUAUGUCUGGCCCAUACAGGCCAAAAAUGUGUUCCAAAUGCACUGGAAAAAGAAGCUCUGAAUAAAGCUGGACUUGAUAAUCCUCAUGAGAAGUCUAGUGAAUCAAGUUUAGAAGAGAAAUGUGUAACAUGUGGAAGGAAAUUCUUGCUACGAGAACUGAGGAACCACACAGAAACAUGUUCGGAAGCUGACACAGAAAAUGAUGUGCAAACAACAGACAUUUUGAAUAUUAACAUACUUCCACAAACCAUGCAGACUAGAUCUAGCAUAUCAAGCUCUCAGGAAAUGCAUGUUGAGGAAGUUGUUAUUUUUGAAGACCAGGAAUUGUUUUUAGAAAACACUGUAGAAAGUAACCACAUCAGUGACCUCGCUGUGACUGAAGUUUUGCCUGAGUCUGUGCAAAAUGUUGAAACAGUUUCAGAUGUGACCAGCAGAAUUAUUGAGUUUUGUAAAGUACAAAAUAUCGCAGAUCCGGUAGAAAUUUUACGCAAAGUACAGAAAGAAAUGGUCACAGGAAGGCCUUUGGAAGUGAUUGAUAUAACACAGAAUUCUGAGGGUGAUACAAACUUUAUUUUAAUUGACAGAACACAUCUUUUGGAGACUGGUUUUGAUGAAAUCAAAGCAAUCAGUGAUGUCCGAAAAACUCUAGAAGUACAAUUUUAUGAUGAGACGGCUGUAGACUAUGGUGGACCCCGGAAAGAGUUCUUUCGUUUAAUGUUAAAGUCAAUUAAAGAAAAAUAUUUUGAUAAGGGACUCCGAGAAUUAAUCUGUGAAGAUUACGAAGUUAUCGGAAAGACCUUUGCUUUAAGUAUUCUACAAAAUGGCCAAAUUCCAACUUUCCUAGAGCCAGAGAUAAUCCAGAAGGUAUUUUCUGAUUCCACGGACCAUCCAUGCAUCACAAGUUUGAGAAAAGGACUUGAGACAUUGGGAUUGUAUACAAUUGGUGUGCAGCUUCCAAGUUUUCUUUACCUUUUCCAAAAACAUUCUACAUCAUUGACAUUCAGGAUGCUUACAACACUUUUGAAACCUGAGUUUUCAUUAGAGGGCAGCAACAACAUUGAAGUGGAGAAGAAAGUUUAUGCUGCAUUUGUCCGUUAUUUAAGAGAAGUUGCAAGUGGUCGAAGAGAACACUUAUCCAUAGGGAACAUUUUACAAUUUGUAACUGGAGCUGAAGAAGAGCCAGUUUUAGGGUUUCAAAUACCACCUACUAUUCAGUUUCCAGAAGUAAUUAAUUCAUUUAUUCCAACAGCAAACACAUGUAUCAACUCUCUCCAACUGCCACGACCAAAGCCAAGCAUUGAUACAAAUCUUCCAGAAGAUAAAGAGCUGUUUGCUUUGUAUGAUUACGCAUUCUUAAAUUCUUAUUAUGGUUUGCGGUCAUUUUUUACCAAUUUUUAUUGCAAGGCAUUCAUUAAUUAUUACCUUGCAAAAACAGUUUUUGUCUGGUUCAUGGGCCUCUUGUUUUAAAUUUGUCUCCAAAUUUGUAGAAAUAUCAUCUACUAUAUGGUCAGUAAGUCAAAAAAUAAAAAGUUCAGACAGUCUGAAGGGUUCUUUAAACAAAUGUAUAAAUGUGAUUACAGUUUGAUUACAUUUUUCAACCAGAGACAUUUUGUCAAGGUUCAAGAAUUGAUAAUAAUAUACAAUGUACUGAAAUAAAACCAACCCAUUUUUAGUAAUGUUGAGAUUGUUGUAAAAAUUU